AUGGUGGAAGGAAAUAUUCAUCCAGAAGCAAAGUGGAAGGAAGCUACACUUCCAUACGUGCUCGCUGAGGGAGUUACAUUAGACGAGUAUGAACGUCGCACCGACAAGUUUAACGUUCAUGGUUUAUGGGAAUGGGCGAACUAUAAAGUCUCGGUUUAUGAAAUUCCAGUAAAGCCACGUGAAACUUGUAUUGGUGCAAUUACUUCAGAAAUAGUUGAGAAAUGCAUUCCUGUUAAAGGAACAAAUGCCGGAAUCAUAAAACCUAGGUCAACUCGAACUCGUAUUGAUAAUUCUGGAAAAGAAGCAGAUGCGUCAUUUCGCCCUAUGAAACCACGAAUACCAGCACCAACCAGAAAUGACGGAGAUAGCGAACCAUGGCCAAAUAUCAUCGUAGAAGUUGCAUAUUCUGAAAGCAUAAAUCAUGUCUUUGAGAAGGUAAAAAGUUAUUGGCUAAAGGAUUUUAGUCGCGCACAUAACGCGAUAGUUGUUAAAAUUGAGUCAGUUUCUGAGGGCAGGAUGUCACACAUGCAAGCAUGGCACUUUUGUUCCACGGACAGAAGAACAAGAGGAGGAGGACUCCAACAUCGAACUCAUUUCGAAUUUGGUACUCAUGAUGAACGGAAAUCCGUUAAAUAUUCCACGAGGCACAUGACUCAUCAAGAUCUAUUUGGAUUGUCUCUACAAUCAAGCAUACCCUGUUCGGUUGAAGCUAAGGAACCUCCUAAAACCUUGCAAAUUGGUAUUAAGAAACGAAUUCCGGAAGGACAAUGUAGUAAGAAGACUCAAAAUGGUGAUUCAAUAGCCGUUCAUUAUACGGGAGUUUUAUUUGAGGAUGGAAAAGAAUUCGAUUCUAGUAUUACUAGGGGAGAACCUUUCACUUUUACUUUGGAAAAGAGAAAAUUAAUCAUUCCGGCUGAUCUUGCUUAUGGAAAAAGAGGAAAAAAUGCAGCUCUUAUAUUUGACGUAGAACUGAUAAGUAUUGGAAAAAAUAGAAUUGAAUUAUAA